UUUAACUCUUCUUUCUUCUCUUUCGUUCCCUUAUCACACUUUUUAGAAUGUCUCAAAAGGAAAUCUCACGCAACAAGGCAUUUGGUGGUCAUGUAGUGAAAUAUGAACACGAAUCCGUUGAAUUGUCCUGCAACAUGAAAUACAAUGUGUUUCUUCCCAAGGAAGCAGAACAAGGCAAUGUGCCCGCCAUCUAUUUUUUAUCUGGUUUGACAUGCACUGAAGAUAACUUUAUUCAAAAAAGUGGUGCUCUUGCUGAAGCUGCGAAACAUGGUAUUGCUCUUAUUGCUCCUGAUACUUCUCCUCGUGGCGUCAACAUUGAAGGGGAUAAUGAUUCUUGGGACUUUGGAACUGGUGCCGGAUUUUAUCUUGACGCUACAGCACCUAAAUGGGCCAAACAUUAUCGCAUGUAUUCUUAUAUUACCAAAGAACUCCCUGACUUGGUGAAUAAUCAAUUACCUAUUGAUGGUUCACAUGUUUCGAUUAUGGGUCAUUCGAUGGGCGGUCAUGGUGCAUUGACAAUCUAUUUGAAGAAUUUGACAUCUUACAAGACUGUGUCUGCAUUUUCACCUAUUGCCAACCCAAUUAAUUGUCCUUGGGGUCAAAAAGCAUUUUCCAAUUAUCUAGGUCCUAAUCAGGAUGAAUGGAAACAAUACGAUACGGUGGAACUACUCAAGAAAUUGAAUAAUCUCAGAAUUAAUGUUCUGGUGGAUGUGGGAACGGCGGAUAACUUUUUAGAACGUGAACUCAAGAUUGACACUUUGAAACAAACUGUACAAGACCUUGGUCGUUCUCAUGAAUGGGAAAUUCGCUAUCAAGACGGUUAUGAUCAUAGUUACUUCUUUAUUUCUUCUUUUAUUACUGAUCACAUUCAACAUCAUGUCCAAUAUUUGAAACAAUAAAAACCAUUUAGAUCAUCUAUGACUACUAUCAUUUA